AUGUGAGUUCAUUUAAAGCCACUGGCUAUCCAGCAAGCAACUACCAGAAGAUGAAAAAUCCAGUCUUGGGUGUUCUGUCAUUUCUUUUGGAAAAGAUACUAAUGUUUGCAAAACCAAAGUGCACUUCUGUAGCUGACAAAAAUGGUAACAUGUAUGAGACAUUGGUGUAUAAAAGAGGCGAUCUUCUGGAAGUUCCUCGUACCCUCUUUGUCCAUUUUGGCAUCUACCUUGGAAACAAUAGAGUUGCACAUUUGAUUCCAGACAUUCUUCCCUUUUUAACUUGCAAAAAGGAAAGUGUUGAGAAAGUUGUUACUAACAAGAGAUUGAUAGCAGGAGUGCUAGCUAAAAAGGCUAGUGUGAGAGUGGACAAAGUCCAGGAUUUUGCUUAUGGAGCAAAUAUACUUAUUAAUGCCAUGGACAGACACUUUCAAAAUAACCCUCUCUCCAAUGAUGAAGUGGCCAAGAGAGCUGAGAAACUUGUGGGGACCACAACUUACAGCUUGCUGUGGGACAACUGCGAGCACUUUGUGACUUACUGCAGAUAUGGAACCCAUGUGAGCUUACAGACCGAGAAGUUUUGUGAUACAGUGAAGAAGAUCAUUCGAGACCAAAGGAGUGUUUUGAUAUCUGCUGCUGUAGGAAUAGUAUUGACGCUUUGUGUGGGAGUAGGCCCAUUGACCACCCUUCCCAGUUUUCUUUUUACCUUCACCCUCUGGAUGGCUAGCUGAGCUGGGACAAGUUUGACAAGACAAUGAACAGCCAAAUCUGCUACGUGCCUUCAAAAUGUGCUUCGUGCACUUCAGACAACUUACAGAAGUGGAAAGUAUCUGCCAAGCCUGCAAGUGAGAACACUGGCGAUCACCAACUCUUGGAUACCUUAGUAGUGUAGCAUAUUUGUGAGAAGACUACAAUAUUUUCAAUUGUAACUCAAUAGCUGUUUUUCUUCAAAACAGAGAGUUAACUUUUACUACAAAGUAUAAUGUUACCUUUCAUAUUUUGGUACUAUGUGGUCUAAAUCAUGUUUGAUAUUAAUAUAUGUUAACUGGGUUGUAUAUACUGUAUUAACCAGACUUAUAUAUUAGCUAUUUUGCCUUGAUGUUGAUGAUAAUGCAAUUAUUUAACUAGUUCCCCAGUUAGCUAAUCUGGGCAGAUCACAGUCCUUAGACGUCAUAUCAUGACUAGGUCACGUGAUCUCAUCAAGUCUCCUGAGAAAUUGUUGCCUUUAUCAAUUUUCUUCCUACUUACUUAAUGUAUUUAUUUUAUUGUAACUAACAAGAUAACCACAUGAAAUUCCUUUUGUAGGGUCUUAGGUAUAUCCACAACAUUGCCACAUAGCGGAAAUAUGCAAAUAGGUUUAGUCGUAUAAUCUGCUCAUGUCCUUCAUAUCACAUCCCAACUAGAUUUGUCAUGGACCUAAACAUAUCCUGCUCCAAAUUUUUUUGCAACGGAUACACUAUAUGUAAAUUGCGUUGCAUGCCAUACUACUAGCACUUUUUUUUUAUCAAUUGCACUGUUUUAAGUAGAUAAGCUGGAUAAUUUUGCUGGAAGAACUUUAAAAAUCAUUUUGCUAACAAAUGUGUAUAGACUGUAGGUAAAUGUUUAUAAUCUCUAGUAGUAGUAUACAGAUAUUAACAGGUUUUUCCAGGCUUACAAGGAUGGCUGUAAAGCUGACUAAAUGAGUCAAAUAAUAAACAUAGUCAUACAGUACUUGCCCUUUAAGGGUCUAUUCACACAUACAGUAUUCUGUGCAGAUUUGAUGCGCAGGAUUUGAAGCUGUGUUCAGUCAUUUUGUUUUCAUUGAAAUCUGCAGCAGAAAAUCCUGCGCAUCAAAUCAGCGCAGAAUACUGUACGUGUGAAUAGACCAUUAAGAAACAAAAUUUCCAUUGUCACUGUGUGGUUCUGUGGUACUUUUUCCUGGCAAAGACAUUGCAAUAGUGUGGGGGCAGAUCACUUGUCAAAGCAGUCAUGUGUUGUCUAUAUCAGGACUGUGCAGAUGCAGCUUAAUGGAACAGAUUUUAGGGUGCGUUCACACGUAUAGGAUCCUGCGCAGAUUCGAUGCGCAGGAUUUGUAACUGCAGAUUAGAAGCUGUGCUCAGCCAUUUAGUUUACAUUAAAAUCUGCAGCAGAAAAUCCUGCGCAUCAAAUCUGCAUAUGUGUGAACGUACCCUUAAAGGUGCUUGUAUAGUUGUGUUUCUCUCUGUUUUAGGCUGUAUUGCAUGCAUUGAAAGGGAGCCUUGAUUCAUAGCUCUUUGCCUGUUUGAGUAAGAAAAAUCUCUAUCAAUCAAGGCUGGUGGGGCAGGGGACACCCGGGACUACGCCAAUGAUUCCUGGUUCAGGCAGCAUAUAAGUAAUGAAAGGUUCCCUUUAAGUAAAUCCAAAACAUAAUUCUAAAUUUCACCUAAAAUCUGACAGGCUAAACCGAUGGAGCUAGGGCUCUUCUUUAGGGCUCUUUUAUGUGUUCUUGUGGUUCCCUGUAACAUGUAGUGGACCUGUUGGGAUAAAUACUCUAAAAUAGAAUUUGUGUCCUCACAGAAACAGCUUAAAGGGGUUAUCAGCAUUUUCCAAAAAAUAUAUCCUGCAGGAGUCAGGAAUAAAAAGAAAAAAUAUAUAGUUUAGCUGUGUCUUGUCCCCCCAAUCUUCUAUCUACUUCCUGUUUCUGAGACAAGCACUCUGUGCAGGACCUGCCAACUCAGCCAAUCACUGGCCAUAGCAGUAUCCUUUUUUGACCAGUCUUUGGCUGAGCCAGCAGGAAGAAGAUUGUGAGACCUGAAAGAGACAAAUGUGAGUUGUGGUGGACCAGAGGUAGGUAAUUUUAUUUAUUUAUUUAAUUUUUUUUCUGGGCCCCAGCAAGAUUUUGAUAAAUCUCCCCAUUAUUAUUUUUCAAAAUGCCAGAUAACCCCCUUAAGCAAUUCACUGGUGCAAAUACCUUGACAAAGUCUCUAAAAGCAUAGCUGUGGUGAUUAUUCAUGUACAACAGCUUAUUGAAGAUCACGGAAGACACCAGAAUUUUUUUGUUUGAAGAAAAAAAAUUGAAGGAUGUUAAAAAGUGCCUUGAAAAUGUUAGAAAGUUACAGAACUUUUCAUUGUACAGUCAUUUUUAUUUGGAUAGGGCUAUGUUUUCACAGUUAUUUGGCCCAAUUUUAAAGAUGUUUUUGCAUCUUGCAUCAAUUCUUCAGGCAAAAAAGUAAUUUUUUUCUUUACUUUGUAACUUUUUUUUGGCCUUCAAUUUUCAGUUGAGCUAUUUUUUAAGCCUUUUUGAACACAUUUUCAUUCAUUUUUGGGGCUUUCACAAAAGCUUAAAGGGGUAAUCUUAAUCCUUCCAGUACUUAUUAGCUGCUGAAUACUACAGAGGAAAUUCUUUUCUUUUUAGAACACAGAGCUGUCUGCUGACAUCAUGACCACAGUGCUCUCUGCUGACAUCUCUGUCCAUUUUAGGAACUGUCCAGAGCAGCAUAUGUUUUCUAUGGGGAUUUUCUUCUACUCUGGACAGUUCUUAAAAUGGAGAGAGGUGUUAGCAGAGAGCACUGUGGUCAUGAUGUCAGCAGAGAGCUCUGUGUUCCAAAAAGAAAAUAAUGUCCUCUAUAGUAUUCAGCAGCUAAUAAGUACUGGAAGGAUUAAGAUUUUUUAAUAGAGGUAAUUUAGAAAUCUGUUUAACUUUCUGGCACCAGUUGAUAAAGAAAAAAAAAGUUUUUCACCGGAUUACCCCUUUAAGUCCCUAAAUAAUUUCUUGCAUAUGAGGCAUUUUUUAUAGGAUUUUAGGGGGAGAUUUAUAAAAACGUGUGUAAAGGAAGAGCAGUGCAGUUGCGCAUGGCAACCAAUCAGAUUGCUUCUUUCAUUUUUCACAGGUCUCUUCAAAAAUGAAAGAAGCUAUCUGAUUGGUUGCUAUGGGCAACUGCACCACUCUUCCUCUGCACAGGUUUUGAUUAAUCUCCCCCUUUAUGUAAAAAAAUAUGUCCCGAGAUAUGUGCCAAAAAUAGACAUAUUUUGGAAUGUAAACAGACAAGUCCCUGACACUUCAUUUUAAAUUAUGGACAUAUAAUUAGCCUGCAUGUUAACAAAGAGACUUUUUAUCAUUUAAGUCAAUAACAUUCAAUUGGAAGGGUAAUCUAUUUUUCUGCCACAUAAAACACGAAAAACAACUUUUUUUUGUCUCAAAAGAAUAGUCUCAAAAAACUUAGUGUGAACAUAGCCUAGGAAUAGACUAACCCUUAUUUUUCCCAGACAGAUUUAAUACGAGUAACAUUUGUGUAUCUCGUGUCUUCUAUAGUUAAUAUCUGUUUUACUUUUGUAACAACAUGUUGUCUGAUAUUCCAUCUGCCGCAAUGUGUAAUAAAACACAA